UUUUUUCAGAGAGCAAAUCCUCGCCUUCUAGUGAAGAAGAGCAUCCGAUAUUGGAUCAAAGUGAAGGUGUGGAGAGCGUGUCGCUGUGCCGGCACGUGGAGCAGUCGGGGGCGGAGCACCUGGCGCUGCUGCUGCGGCAGUGCCUGGCGCGCGCCGCGCUGCCGCCCGCCUGGCUGCACGUGCUGCUGCCGCUCUGCCACCAGGCCGCAGACAUCAUCACCCCCGAUAUGUACAGCAAUGACAUCGACGUGCGUAAUUACGUGCAAGUGAAGAAGGUGCCCGGAGGUUCCGCAGCCGACAGCUGCCUCGUGCAAGGUGUCGUGCUUACAAAGAACGUCGCACAUAGGGGCAUGCCGCAGCAGAUCUCCAACCCGACAGUGCUGCUGCUGGACUGUUCCAUCGCGUACCAGCGCGUCGAGGGCAAGCUCACCUCGCUGGAGCCACUCCUCAUGCAGGUAUACUCCUACACUCAAAGGAUAGGUUGUAAAGUCUUAGAAUAAAGAAAGGGGUAUGCA